AUGAGUGAAGCCGGACCAUCGAAAAAGCGAAAGGGAGAGCCCGAGUUCGAGCUGCCCUGGGUUGAAAAGUACAGACCCAUGUAUCUCGACGACGUUGUGGGUCAUACAGAAACCGUUGAACGACUUAAGAUCAUGGCCAAGGACGGAAACAUUCCCAACUUGUUGAUUUCCGGUCUCCCCGGUAUUGGAAAGACCACCUCCGUGCAUUGUCUUGCGCGUACUCUUCUCGGUCCCCAGCUGUACAAAGACGCUGUUCUGGAGCUCAAUGCUUCAGAUGAUCGAGGUAUCGAGGUGGUUCGAGGUAAGAUCAAGAACUUUGCCCAGAAGAAAGUGACCAUGCCUCCUGGUAAACACAAGAUCAUCAUUCUGGAUGAGGCCGACAGUAUGACUGCUGGUGCCCAAAAUGCGCUCAAACGAACCAUGGAGUUGUACUCUGAUACUACUCGAUUCGCCUUUGCCUGCAACCAGAGCAACAAAAUCAUUGAGGCCAUUCAGUCGCGAUGCGCCAUUCUUCGAUUUGGCCGACUCUCUAAUGAACAGGUGCUCGAGCGACUGCUGCACAUUGUCGAGGCUGAAAACGUGCAGUGCUCAGACGACGGCCUGUCUGCUCUCAUUUUCUCGGCGGAGGGAGAUAUGCGUCAGGCGAUCAAUAACUUGCAGGGAACUGUGUCUGGAUUCGGAUUCGUCAACUCUUCCAACGUUUGGAAGGUGGUGGACUCCCCCCAUCCCGUGGUCGUCAAAUCCAUGUUGGAUGCCUGCAGCAAGGGUGAGGUGACCGAGGCAUGCGAGUCGCUCAAGCAGCUGUGGACCAAGGGAUACAGCGCCCAGGAUAUCAUCUCCACAAUGUUCCGAGUCACCAAGACACUGGAGGUGCCCGAGGCGCUACGGCUGGAGUACAUUAAGGAGAUUGGCUUCACUCACAUGAGAAUCCUCGAAGGAAUCACCACAUAUCUGCAGUUAGCAGGCUGCGUCGCCAGAUUGUGUGGUAUUCAGGUCAAGUGA